AACCCCCCUCCAUCAUUUCCAUAAUCGAGCGUCGAGCGGUGUGAUCCGCACCGCUGCAAUUAUGCGUGUUUUGCGUUGGAUGCAAUUAUUAGUAAACACUGCAAUCCGUGCACAGGGCUCCAGCUCCAGCCCGGCCCCCACAAGUUGUUAGCAUGCCUGUUUAAGUGGAGGCGGACUGUCUUGUAGCCUGUAUCAAAAAAUGACUCAACAUGGCUUUGGCUUUGACUCAACAUAUGGCUCUCGACCGAUCCUCGAAACCAUAACCAGUUGAGCGAGCGAGGCGCGCAUCAUCUUAAUGAAAGUCGGAAGUGGGGUUGGGUGGCCAUGGACCCAUUCAGCCAGCUGAUCCUCACCAUCUCAGUGACCAGUUUCCUCACCUUCCAGUGGCUCUUCCACAGAGUCAGCCCCUGGAUGUCGGCACGCAUCAGCCCCAGCUUCCUCAACCUCAGCGACAAGCAGAAGGUGGAGUGGAACUCAAGGACGGUGUCGACGUUUCACGCACUGCUGGUUGGAAUCUUUUGUCUCUACAUCUUGUUCUUUGACACCGCCGUCAAUGAAGACCCAGUCUGGGGAGAUCCUACACUGGUGAAGAUCAAUGUUGCCAUCACAACAGGCUACCUCAUAUCUGAUCUGCUGCUAAUAUUUUACUAUUGGAAGGCGAUAGGCGACAAGUUUUUUGUAGUUCACCAUCUGGCAGCGUUGUAUGCUUACUACUAUGUACUGGGCCAAGGAAUGUUGCCUUAUUUUGCUAACUUCCGCCUGCUCGCUGAGUUUUCCACCCCAUGUGUGAAUCAGCGCUGGUUCUUUGAGGUACUCGGUUACCCCAAGUCCUCCAAGCCCAACAUGGCCAAUGGUGUUGCUAUGGCGGCAGUCUUUUUCCUGGUUCGCAUCGCCGUCAUGCCGGUCUACUACAGUCGUAUGUAUGCUGUGUAUGGCACUGAGGCCUUCUACCUGGUCCCCUGGGGUGGCCGUGUAGCCUGGAUCUGCUCCAGUAUCUGCUUGGACAUCAUGAACGUUAUGUGGAUGCACAAGAUUGCCCGCGGCUGCUACAAGGUGCUGCGCUCGGGACGACAGAGCAAAUCCGAUACACCUCAGGAGAAUGGCAAGACGGAUUAAGAGAGCCAGGGAGCCAAGUGGUGAGGAAACCCCUCAAACAGAGCCAAGAAGACGUCACUCUCAGUGCACCAGUCAGCAUCAGUUUGGACCCUUGCCUGCCAGGCUGUGUUCCUGGUCAGCAAACUUGGGAAAUGCUACCUUACAGGACAGAGGACAACAAGGGAAAAUGUGUUGUUUCUGAAAAGCAGGAGCAGUGCACUGGGAUGUGAACCGAUGGACCGUCCACCCGGCCAUCUCUAAGCCAUGAAACGGCCUCUUAGCAAUACUCUGUGUGCAUGGCCAAUUUUUUUUUUUCUCUUUAACAGUGUACCACUCAAAAUAAGAGUCCGGCCCGGGACAGUGGACUGUUAUCCCAAACACAAAUUGUCAAGAAGUUUACUGUUCUUUAUGAUAUUUUAGACAGCAUAUUGUUCCUUGAGAAACAUCAUGGACCGCUCGCGUUUAAGUUUUCUUUUAGUGUCAUUGCUGCCUGUGUCCCAGCGUUUUAAAUGAUGAAACACAAGUUCACGUUGAUGACAAUGCAAAGAUUUGAGGGGACCUCAAACGUAGAGUGAGUCCUCACUAUCGGUCAGUGCCAUAAAAUUCUUGUCAAAUGCCUAUAGAUGGAGAAGGCUCCAGCACCCCAUUUUCCUCAGUAAUCAUGAGCUAAUUGCCAGGGACUGGAGAGGAUUGGAUUUCGACACAGCGACGAGCAAGUAUGACUGAAAUAAAUCAGUUCAUCACCCACCCACUGUCAUUCACUGAAGGGGUUCGUACAGACAGCCAUUUUAAAGAAGUUCGUCGAACAAAACAUGUCCCAGCCUUUGUUUGUUGCGUUUAAAUGGUAAACUUGAAUGACGUAGGGCUGAACGGGCAUUGACACACUGUAUGUACAGGUUAUUUUGGUUUCCUUUUCCUUUGUCUUGCUGGGGUCCAGGGAAAUGGGUUUUUAAAGAUUCAAGCAAUUAAAGGUAUGUUUUUAGUUGAUCAAAAGUAAACCAGUGGCUAGCAUGCUGAGGCUGGCCCAGCGGUCUGCCCGUGUGUUAGAGAGAAUGCUCGAAGGGAAAGUGAAUGUCACCGCUUUGUUUGUACACCAAGAAAAGCAAUGCAAAGACAAGCACUCGUUUUACUAAGAGAAACAGUUUACAUCAGUUUUGUAAAAUCCACAUGAUAUAACACAUACACAAUCUGAUAUUUCAUGUGACAACCUUAAAACCUUAAAAAAAAAAAAAAAAAAAUACCACACUGCAUACAAAAGAUUAAUUGUUGACUCAAUGUUUUAAUGGGAG